GCUUCUUUUCCUCCACAGCUGCUCCUUUGAGUUCACUCCUCUGUUUCCAUCAUCGUCAACUGUGAUAUCCGUUGUGUCGCGGGCCAUUGUCGCUCACAUCAAUCGCACUAUCUUGCACCACCCAACUCAGAAGAACCACGGCUUCAUUAUCCUUGAGGCGAUUGGGAGGACCAGCGAGGAAUUGUCCUCCUACAGCAUAGCCCCAGGGUCGAAGCUCAUCUAGCUUUUGCAAAUCGACAAGCGGCAAAAUACACCUUCACUUAGUUGAAUACCGCAAAAUGGCGUCGACUUGGGGUCUUCUGGAUGAUAAGGAGGAGCAGGAGCUGCACAAGACCCGACUGGUCAACAUUGAGGAGAAACCCUUCAAGCGAAUCACCAAGCGGCUCACAUCCAUCUCGACGAUUGUAAAUGCCCACUCGAAACAACAACCCACUCCACCACCCGAGGGCGCAAACGGCGACAAUGGCGCCGAUACUGAGGUGAAGGAGGAGACGAAGACCGCUCAAACUUUGCGAGAGAUUGAUCAGAUCAAAGACGACCUCACCCUCGACUUUGCCGCAUUCGAUAGCAGUAUCGCCCGCCUGCAAUUUCUUCUCGACGCGAAUGUCCGCGAGCGCGAACGCUACAAGGCCGACCAGCAACGCAUUCUCGAGGAAUGCCAAAACGUCCGAGACAACAACGCGCGGCUGCGCGAACAGCUGGAUGGCGCCAGGGCAACGCUUGCCCAACGUAAGGAGUACGACAAGCUCGCCAACGCGCUCAUGGCUAAGGGUCUGCGGCCGCGCGGGGAGCAGGAGUCGAACCUCAAGAAGCUCGAGGAGGAGAUUCGCGACCUGGAGAAGGAAAGUGAGACCUACGCGGUGACUUGGCGGGAGCGACGCGAUCAGUUCAGCAAAAUUAUGGAUGAAGGCAUGCAACUGCGCAGACAGAUCCGCGACGAGAAGGAGGAGGUCGAGAGACGGGAGGGCAUGAACGAGGACGGCGAGGAGGAUGGCGACGCUUCUAGAGGGGGCAACACGCCUCGGCACGUCUCCAGCGGCAACGUCACCCCGCACCCAGAUAGCGGUGCCGUGCCGAGACCGGCGUCGGCGCACGAAGGUCAGUCGGAGGAUCAAUCCGAGGGUCUCAAGCCUCGAGCGAGUGGCCUGGGCGGCUUUUCACGAUCUGGCAGCGCCGUUCCGAGUCAGAGUGGCACCCCUCAGCCUCAAGAUGAUGACGAGGGCGAGAUUGAAGAGGGAGAGGACGUCGAGAUGGAUGACCGCCAUGAUACGCAGAUCACGUCAGGAGGCGAUACGCCUCAAAUCACAGUGGACGCACCGGAGAGCAUGGAGGUGGACAGCUAGACAAAUUAAAUGCUUCGGAGGAUCCUAGAAUAGUCCCUCAAUCGAGAUACCCAUU